UGCUAGCGGUCCGUGUCGAUAAGGCGUAAAGGUUCAAAGUUACACUACCAAAAUGUUUGUUUUGGUUGCGGUGUUUGUGGUUUAUCUUUCCUACCUAUUGCUAAAAUAUCAUCAAAAGCGACAAGAGAGGCUGAAGCUUCUUAGGUACUUCCCAGGACCCCAGCCGGAGUACAUUCUUGGGUGUAGUUACCUGUUUCAUAACAAAUCUAUUACAGAAAUAUUCGAUACCAUUGUUGACUCCCAUGCCCAAUACGGUAAGGAUAUAUGCCUAAUCGGUGCAUUCAACAUGCUGGAGCUAGAAAUCGCUUCCGCCCAAAACAUCGAAAAGGUGCUGCUGGCAAAGACAACGAAAAAAUCCUACCAAUACGACUUCCUAGAGCCGUGGCUCGGUACCGGGCUGCUGCUUUCGUUCGGCGAGAAGUGGUUCCAGCGUCGCAAGAUCAUCACACCGUCGUUUCAUUUCAAAAUUCUCGACCAAUUCAUGGACGUGUUCAACCGAGAGGCGGACACGCUCGUCUCCAAGCUGGAACGGCACGUCGAUCAGCAAGAGUUCGAUAUCUACGAUCACAUCACGCUGUACGCGCUGGAUAGUAUUUGCGCAACAUCGAUGGGUGUUCACAUCAACGCACAGGAAGACCCCAGCAACGAGUACACCCAGGGCGUUAAGAAGGUGUCCGAGUACGUGUUUCGGCGCAUUUUCAGUGUGCUGAAUCAGUUCCCCGCCCUCUUUGUGCUGUACUCUUACGCGAGGGAACAGGGAAGAAUCAUCAAACGGUUGCAUGAUUUCACAAACACUGUCAUCGAUACGAGAAGGAAACAGCUAGCGAAGGAAGACAAACCCGUACAGGUGGACGAUUACUCCAAACACCGCGACACGUUCCUCGAUCAGCUGCUGAAGGUAAGGGUCAACGGACAGCCGCUCAGCACGGCCGACAUUCGGGAGGAGGUGGACACGUUCAUGUUCGAGGGGCAUGAUACGACGACUUCGGGCAUUUCGUUCACCAUUCUGCAGCUGGCAAAGCAUCAGGAUGUUCAGCAGAAGCUGUACGAAGAGAUCGACACCGUACUGGGGGAGAGUGCAAAGACGAUCGUCCUCACGAACGCACUCCUUCAGGAGCUUAAGUAUCUGGAUCUAGUAAUCAAGGAGUCGUUGCGCUUAGUUCCUCCGGUUCCGUUCGUGGGGCGUAAACUUCUCGAGGAUAUGGAAAUGAACGGUACAGUAGUGCCCGCCGGAACAACCAUCUCGCUCAACAUCUUCUGCCUGCACCGCAAUCCCGAGGUGUUCCCCGAGCCGGAAAAGUUUAUCCCGGAGCGGUUCUCCGACGCGAACGAAAUCCCGCGCGGCCCGUACGACUACAUCCCGUUCAGUGCCGGUUCGCGGAACUGUAUUGGUCAGAAGUACGCGCUGCUCGAGAUGAAAGUUACCAUCGUGAAGCUGCUGGCCAGCUACCGUAUCCUGCCCGGCGAGUCGAUCGAUCAAGUGCGCUACAAGGCGGAUCUUGUCAUCCGCCCUUCCGGCGGCAUUCCGGUGAAACUCGCCAGAAGAAGUUAACGUUCGCUUCUUCAUUAAUGAAACCUUUGGUUCUAAUCUUUGUGCGUUUGAAAAGAGGAGCAAAGGGGGAAAAACCCCUAGAAGGCGACCUGAUUGGCCUUUCACUAACGAGCUUUUGCUGCCUUCUCCCGCACGCACACUACACUGCCGUGCGGAAGGCUCAUCAAGGUGCACGGGUUUUACCUGCUCGGAAUAUUAUAAUUUAAUUAAUCAAUCUGAAACCCAACUAUUCCCAUCGGUCAGAGCGUACGAUGGACAGAGGGAUAGAAGAGGGAAAAAAAACUCGAAAUACAUAACCGCAAAAAGUUGCCACUUCAUACUCGAGGGGGGGAUCCGUUGGAACAGUAACAGCCGCCUAGCAGUGCACGGCAAUGGUUUCAUAAAUUAAAUUUAUCAACUUUUUUCCUUCUGACAGCUCUUCCCUGUUUUUUCUGUACCUCCUCUCCGCUCCCAUUAUGCUUCCUAUAACACGACCAGUAUGUAUGGUGUGCUUCAUCUGUCGCGAACACUAGCCAGUAAGAGCUAACCAAUAUCAAACAAACUACCAUCCGGGCAACGGGGUUUGGUCGUUAGCUCCGUCGGGGUGUAUUUUUUUCUGAUUUUGAGUGCAACAACUUCAACACACAGUGGAAGCACGUUCCCGCUCGGACCACGGCAUCCCGAACGGCCGAAAGACGGAAAGUCAUCAAAGAGACUACACCAGCGCCCGGUUUCCACUGUUUCCGUUCCACGUACCGGGCCGGACUUUGGCACGAUGAAUGGACGGUUGAUUGAAUGAAAAUAUUGUAUAUUUCCGCUCUCGUUGCGGUACAGACAAA